CUUUUCUCCUUUUUUUUUUCCUCGUCUUCCGCUUUGGUUACAAAACAAAACAGAAAGCCACCUUCAAACCAACACGGCCACGAACGACAACAGACAGCAAUGGACGAAUCAUCCUCGGACGAGCUGAGCCACGAGCAGCAGCCAACAACUAAGCGCGCAAAGCCAAAGCCUGCGCUCGUGUCGUGCGAACGCUGCCGCCACCUCAAGCGCAAGUGCGAGGGCAUCUUCCCUUGCGCGCACUGCCGCAAGCUCAACCACGAGUGCGUGGCCUACGUGCAAAAGCGCCGCGGACGGCCGUCGAUCAAGUCCAGCAGCAAAGACCAGCAGCACGAUUCCUCUGGCGCUGCCGCUGCUGACGCCUCCUCUCAAUACCCGACCGCCGACGCCACCACUGUGCUGCUCAACAUGCUUCCAGUGGCGACGAAUGGAGCACAGGUGCCGUUCAUGACACACCCAGGCAGCCGUGCGAUGAUGAAGGAGCAGCUCGACUCGGCCGAAUUCGGGCUGUCUGAGCAACGGAGCAACGUAGGUACCGCUCGCCAGCAGCAGCGGAAACAGCAACCACCGCCGCCCCACCAGCAAAGUACAUCGCUCCUUCUGCAGCAAUCGCAGCAACCGCCGCCGCCGCCGACGAGGCAACAGUUCAGUUCGGACCCCGCUCUACCGCCGAGCACGGGUGUUCCGAGUCCCGCUCUUCUCGCUGCUAUGCAGUCGGCCAACGACAUUGGCUUGCUGUCUCGCGUGACAAAUGGGUCGCAGGCAUCCGAUGCCGUGAGAGCGCGUCUCCUGAAUGGCGAUGGCAUGGCAUUGCCCGGCAUGACUGCAACCCAAUUGUAUACGUCGCUGAUUGGCCAUCCGCCUCGAUUCUCGACGUUCGUCCCGUCAUCCCCCAUCACCUACAACACUCCGUCGCCCUUCACAGCAGUGAUGCAGAAUUUAGCGUCUGCCUCUCCUGCCGUUUCCCACUAUCCAGACGACAUGACUGGAUUUGGCACGUCCAUUGUUCAACCACCACCACCACCACAACAACAACAACAACAACAACUACAACAGCUGCAGCCACAACAGCAACAACAACAGCAACAACAGCAACAACAACAGCAACACCACCAGCCGCAACAGCAGCAGCAAUUUUCCGCCCCGCAGGGCAUCCCUCGAAAGGCCGUCCCGCUGGCACAAAAGCAACAGGCGCAACGAGGACACCUCCAGCAACACCAGCUCGACUUGCUGCCGAAGGGCGGCAAUGAAAGCGACUCGGACGAUAGCCUUUCCGACCAUUCUGGUGAUGUGAGCUACGAUGGAGACGAGGACGCGAUCGCAGUGCCGGUUCCGCGACCCGUGAUGAACACAAAGCAGUUGCUCGAAUGCAGCGCUGCAGCAGCAGGCCAGCUUGGCCCAGGGUCGCCGUCUGGCAAUGUUGUUUCGGAAAUCACAAAGUGUUUGCUGUGGGACUCGGCCAACGACGCGACGAAUGGCAUGCGGGAUGGCCAAGGCAUGGCCGUUUUGACGGCAGUCGCGGCUGCGUCGUCGAACGGCAAGUCUGGUCCCAACAGUCGCUCUGAUUCGCCGUUGACCUCCACUCGAGCUUCCGUCAAGCGCUCUUUUGCAGAGGCCGAGAGCGCAAACAUGUUCCUUGCAGACAGUCCAAUUGGCAGCAGUCGAGCACUGAGCGCUGCUCCGGCUCUGGCGUAUGAGCUCGACGCCGCUCGCACGCAACUCAACGAAACCAUGGCCGAUGUUUGCCUGCCGUGCCAAAUUGGCAAAACACCCGUGGCCUCGUCGUCUACAGUGGGCUCGAGCAGUGUCCUUGAUCCUGUCAAUGCUGUCGACAUCCCGCCCAACCAUCCGUGGCUGGGCGAGCACUUUUCCUCCCCGGAAGAGGCCGCACAAAUGGCGGAUUUGUUCCUGCGUUGCGUCCGGCCCAUGUGGCCUGCAGAGUUGACUCUCCAGUCCUGUAUCGAGUAUCUGACGACCUCAACGUUCAAAACAGACGGCUGCGUGUACGUGAUGGACCAGCCUCCAGGGUACUUUGAUCCUCUCCAGGAGGAAGGCACAAACUUGCCAAUCCAGCUCACCCCUGCCCAGGUCUUGCUGACUGCCAAGCAAGUCCAGGCGCUGGUUGCCUUGGCUUUCGGGUUUCGCCUAGCACGCCAACGGGACACUGCCAUGCGCGUGAUUGGCAAGGCGCGAGAAGUUGCAUCGCUGCUCUUUGACGUUGUUCACAAGGAGGUUGCUGUGGCUUUCCUCGUUCUUUCCAUGUUUUGGGCUGGCGAGGAUCCCGAAAAGAGCACCUUGUACGCGAAAACUGCGGUCGGCCUCAAGCCACGAUCCUAUCUGCCGGCCAAUGCCGAGUGCCCGCGAAUGCGUGCGCUGGCCUACGUCAAUCUGCUGCUGACCUUGCGUCCCGGUCAACUUCUUGGCGGCCAGUUCAAGACUGUGAUGGCUCUCCUCCAGUCCGUGACUGGCCCACUGCGCACUUCGGAAGUCAAGCCCGAAAACCUCGCCACGCUCUUGUCCUCCGAAGCGCUGCGCGCCGCCACAACCUCUCCCGCGCUCGAGAUUGUGUACGCCUCGAUUUCCUACAUCCACAGCCAACUGGAAACAGACUUUGGGCUGUUUGCCGAGCGCCAAGCUGGUUUUGCAGGGACAACAACGCAGUCAGCCGCGAGCGGCAACCAGUCCAAACGGCUUCGUCUCGAUGCGGCGAGCGGCAGUGUCAGCUCGCCCAUCUCGUUCUCACCUGCAGCCAGCGACUCUUCUGCGCUUUCUGCCGGGAACGACAGCCAUGGUUCCGGCGGUGCCGGCGACUCUGCUCCUCAAACUCCGUCUCCUCUUUCCAGCGAAAAGAUGACCGAGGUCAUGAAGCAAAUCACUGCCGUGGUCGCGCUGGCCAAGAUACACUCUGCACAUCUCGGGGAAAUGAUGGUCAAUGUUUGCGUCUUGGCCACCUGUGUGCGCGCGUACGCCAGCUGGUGUGGGCAGGACUUGAGCAAUCUCGAUGCUUGCUUUGCAAGCUUGUCUCUGCUUCUCGAGAAGCAGGAUAGUGCCUAUUACUCUGCACUCACGGUCCGGUUUAUUUAUUCGGCAGCCCGGCUUGCUCUGAUUCAAGGCAACUCUGAUCGUCUCAACGACUACCUCGGCGCUCUGAAGAAAAUGGGUCACAUGUAUUUCGUUGCAGAGGCGGCUCAUCGCAAGCUGUCCUCUGUCUCCGUCCCAUCACGCCCACUCCAAUUCCACCCGUUUGGUGCUGGCAACUCUAGUGUGCCGCCGCGCAGCAUUUCAAUUUCGAGUAAUUCGCCCGCUUCGUCCACAUGGUCAAAUCUGGGCAACACUACCACUCCACUGAACAUCACUACACCAGUCUCAUUUGCGUCACCUGUCUCUUCCGUUCUCAAUGCAUCAGCGCAGCGAGUAAUGUAAAUCUAGGGUUGGAUCUUUUGUUGCCAGCCAGCCGUCUUUCUCAGCAUGAUUUUGUUUGGUUCGAUUCUUGCUUUUUUUUUUUGGGUUGUUUUUUGUGUUUAGUACCCACGUUAAUACAUGUAAUGGUUUGAAUGGCUA